CCCCUUGUUCCCUCCCUCGUCCAAUCUCCUCACUUGCACCCUUCCUCUCUUCCGCACUCCCCCCUUACCUCUCUGUCCCGCCUUUCCUCCCUUGCUUCCCCUCAUUUACUUUACCCCUUUUCUUCCCCUCAUUUUCCCCCCUGUUUCCCCUCAUUUCCCCCGCUGCUGCCACUCAUUUCCCUCCCUGCUUCACCUCAUUUCCCUCCCUGCUUCACCUCAUUUCCCUCCCCACUUUCCCUGUUUGUACCCUCCUGGUUCCCCUCAUUUCCCCCCCUGCUUCCCCUCAUUUCGUCCCCCACCUCCCCUCAUUUCCCCCGCUGCUGCCCCUCAUUUCCCUCCCUGCUUUCCCUGUUUGUACCUGCUUCCCCUCAUUUCCCCUGCUGCUUCCCCUCAUUUCUACCCCUGCUUCUCCUCAAUUCCCCCCUCUGCUUCCCUGGACUUCCCAAUCUGUUUCCCCUCGUUUCCCCUCCUGCUUCCCCUCAUUCCCCCCCCUGCUUCCCCUCAUUCCCCCCCCUGCUUCCCCUCAUUCCCCCCCCCACCUCCCCUCAUUUCCCCCGCUGCUGCCCCUCCCAAACCCUCGUGUUGUCUCCCUCUUUCUCGCUAUUGCAGUGACUACAUUGAAGAUUUUUCUGAUAUUGCAACUCGCCUCAGCCCAUCAUCCCAUGCCAUGCUUGUAGAGAAACCAGUUCCCCUCAUGUUUUUUUCAGGGCCUUGA